GGCUGGGAACUGAUACCUGUUAACAGGCAGCUGAUGUGAGCAUGUGCACGCAGACUUAUCUCCCAAUGGCACAGCAGCAGCUAGGAGAAUUAUUUUGAAAAGACCUGAAUGCAUAAGGCUAAAGUUAAAGCGGAAGUGAGAACAAGAGAGCAAACAGCAGACUCCUUCAACUGAGAAUGAGCAUUUUGAAGCCUAAGAUUUUAAAGUGGUGAUGAUCAGAGCUGAACCUAAAAGACACUGAAAUCUCCAUGCAAGCUUUGGAGGUUGUGACAUUUACUCACAGCAGGCAUAUAAUUUUAGCCUCAGAACUUCCAGGCAGAUAAAGAACUGGAGAAAAACACGGAGGCUACCCCAGCCAGGAGGUUAAAUCAAUUCAGGGGGAUUUGAAUCCAUUUGCAGCAGGAUGAACUCCACUCACCACCCUGGGAUGCACACCUCUCUCCACUUCUGGAAUCGCAGCAGCUACACACUGCACAGCAAUACCAGUGAGUCCCCUGGAAAAGGCUACUCUGAUGGAGGGUGCUACGAGCAACUUUUUGUCUCUCCUGAGGUGUUUGUGACUCUGGGUGUCAUAAGCUUAUUGGAGAAUAUCCUGGUGAUUGUGGCAAUAGCCAAGAACAAGAAUCUGCAUUCUCCCAUGUACUUUUUCAUCUGUAGCCUAGCCGUGGCUGAUAUGUUGGUGAGCAUUUCGAAUGGAUCAGAAACCAUUGUCAUAACCCUAUUAAACAGUACGGAUACGGAAGCGCAGAGUUUCACAGUGAAUAUUGAUAAUGUCAUUGACUCAGUGAUCUGUAGCUCCUUGCUUGCAUCAAUUUGCAGCCUGCUUUCAAUUGCAGUGGACAGGUAUUUUACAAUCUUUUAUGCUCUCCAGUACCAUAACAUUAUGACAGUUAAGCGGGUGGGGAUCAUCAUUAGUUGCAUCUGGGCAGCUUGCACAGUUUCAGGCAUUUUGUUCAUCAUUUACUCAGACAGUAGUGCUGCCAUCAUCUGCCUCAUCACCAUGUUCUUCACCAUGCUGGCUCUCAUGGCUUCUCUGUAUGUCCACAUGUUCCUGAUGGCCAGACUGCACAUUAAGAGAAUUGCUGUGCUCCCUGGCACUGGUGCCGUCCGCCAAGGGGCCAACAUGAAAGGGGCAAUUACCUUGACCAUACUGAUUGGGGUCUUUGUUGUCUGCUGGGCUCCUUUCUUUCUCCAUCUAAUAUUCUACAUCUCUUGUCCCCAGAAUCCAUACUGUGCAUGCUUCAUGUCUCACUUUAACUUAUAUCUUAUACUGAUCAUGUGUAAUUCCAUCAUUGAUCCUCUAAUUUAUGCACUCCGGAGUCAAGAACUGAGGAAAACCUUCAAAGAGAUCAUCUGUUGCUACCCUCUAGGAGGCCUCUGUGAUUUGUCCAGCAGAUAUUAAAUGGGGAUAGGAGUUUCUGAAAACCAUGUACAAGAGACUUUUAAAUUCUUUUACAACUGGAAGAGUAUUAUUUAGCAACAGCUUUCUCUUCUAUGUAGGGCAUUUGUUGAAAAUAUCUACUGUAUGAAUUUAGGUUUAUGAUUUUUGAUAUGAAAAAAAAGUCCAAUGUCUGCAUUGUUUUUAA